AUGAGCCAGGGAGUUGGUGCUAUCAAUGUUCCUGCACCGACGGCACCUACAGCUGCUCAGACACGAGAUAACCCGACACAUAAACCCAUUCCCUUGACCACCAUCUUUUCUCGAAAGGCUGCACCUCUCUAUCUGCCUAAACUGGACAAGGUCAUUUCUCUUUUGCCUAAGCCCCAUUUUAGACUGCCCCCCAGCAAAGUGUCGUCAAAACAUGGCCAGUUGUUCCCACCCAUGGACUUGCUGGCUAUGUCAGGUCGCUCAGUGGAAGACCUUGAGAAUAAUCACCAGGUCACACCCAGCUGGAGGAAUAGGACGAGUAUUCUUUCAGGGCUUGUGGAUAUAAUCGUCGGGGUUGCCAGCUCCAGCGCUCUCGUGACGUUCUACAGCAUCCAAGGCCUUGUCAACACGCUGCAGAUAUUUGCUCUUCUGCUCAGCACUCUCACAUUUCGAGGUACGGAUCUGGAGGAUAAAUGGCGACAACUCUUCCUGGGCACAAUCCCCAAUGUCCUGGCGCUGAACUUUGCUUCCACUCUAACGCAAUCACUGAUCUUGCUCAUGAUCUUCAUGGCCAUCUCGACGGCUCUUCUCUACUAUUUCCAUCGAGCAACGAAGCUCGUCAAACGAUACAAACGCCUAGAGGGCUUCCAGAAGGUCGAGCAGAAAGGAGGACUUAUCGUGUUCGUCACUUUUUUGCUCACCGUGCUAUAUCUGCCUUUGAGUACCAUGGCGGUACAUGUCCUUGUAUGGAGCGAUGACCUCUGGGCCGUUCCUAACCCAUAUACAAAUGCAACGACCUAUCCUCCAGUGGUACCAUCUUUGGGACCUGCCGACGAAUGGAGAGAGCCACUCGAUUUCUGCUACACCACAACAAUGAAGCGGAACGAGAUAAACUUCGCGCCUCUUGUCGUAAUCCUUUCCGCUAUUGUGUUCGGCCUGUAUACAGUAUGGUUUCCAAUACGCCUACGUCAAGUCGUGGAGGAAGGCAUUCCGAAGGUUGACAAGUACACCGAGUUGGGAAAGUCGCGCAGCCGCAGUGAUAUGGACCGUGAAUACCAGCGACUUCUCGAACGAGAUCGUGGUCCCUUCACCUUCCUCUAUAGCAGUUUUCGUCGCGGAUAUGCCAAUUUUGAAUCCAAGUAUCUCUUGGCGAAGCUCAGCUCCUUGCUCAUCAUCGCUGUCGUGAAUCCGAACAACUGCCUCUUCCGGACUUUGAACCAUGCAACAUUAGCUGUCAUCAAACAGUCGCUUUUACUUGCGGCCACCAUAAUCUUCUUGGGACAACAGUGCUAUCUACGCCCCUUUGUGGAUCCUGUCAACAAUGCUAGCGAAGUUGUCUCCAGAGUUAACUAUGUUGUCACCGCUUUCAUCGCAUUAUCGGUCACACUUCAGAUACCCGGCUACAAGAUACUCAACGGACCCAUGCUUUAUCUUUUGUAUAUUUUAACAUAUGUCCUUAGCGCAUAUUUUUUAAUCGUCCAAAUCAGCUACGUGCAGCGAUUCAUCAAGAUUGUGACCCGGCGCGUCGAUUUCAGCAUUGACAUAUUUUCACCGCGGCUCGAUAUAUCCGCCUCGUCACCUCAUACGAGACGGCGAAUAUGGCAAGAGGCCAUCUCAACCCUCAUCCUCACGAGCGAGGAGUGCAAGAUUCCAAAGGAGCAAGACAUGACAUUCGCUCAGGCUCCAGAUUCCGAAUACCCUCCGUAUCUGCUCAACUUCAUGAGGACCGUAGGUGAACGCCAUGUAGAGAAUUUGAAGAUAUUACGCGAAGUCGGGCUUGAUUCAUAUAAUCGCGCACUUGCAGUAUUGUAUGGACCCAAUCACAACCGGUUCAGACGUUUGGUCGAGGACAUCCAGCGCAACUACUUAGGCCCGGAUAGUUACUGGAGGGAUCCGGGUAUACCUCCCAAACCAGGUUUCACCAGAUACUUCGGCAAUUCCUGGUGGAUUCCCUUUCCUCCCACACUGGUGAUGCGAUACGACGACGGUCCACUUGUGGUUCUUCAGGAUCCUGCGCAUCUCCGGCUAUUUCGAGCCCAGAACUCCACUGAGGACAUCUUGCGCCGGAAAAGAAUACGGAUGGCGCUCCGCUCUCUUCACGGACAGAUAGUGACAUGGCCGUAUACACAUGUUCAGGCAAGGGUCACCAGUGUAGGCGGAUGGAUGCGCAGAUGGCGCUACUCUGCCGACAAGACAACUAGGUUCGAACGUUGCGUGUUUGUCCUGAAACACCGAGGUUGCCUUGUAUUCGAGGGAUCUGACUUCGGGUCCGGUUUUGACGUGGAACUGAAGUACACACAUGAUAUUAGCGUUAAUGGCGAUAUCAUCGGCAUCACUGAUGAUUACGAGCUCACACCGCAACUGGCACAAUUUUUGACGCUUAACGAAGCCCUCGUGGAAUCUCUCGUGGAACGAGUUGACAUCGUCCUGACUCGAUACCGCGAGGUAUACUGGAAGGAGUGCCAGUUAAAAUCGCAAACUAUGUCAUAUCUCUUCUUGGCUUUCGUAUACGACCGCCCUCGGCAUCCAGCUGGACUCGCCGAGAGCUCCGUGCAGCACGAGCGGAAUCUGAUCCUGCGCCAAUUGAUGGUAGGGAGCGAGGAAGUGUUCAAGCUCACUUGCGACCGGCUGGCUGCUGUGUCUGAGUCAAGAUUGGCUACUUGGUGGUACAUCUUCUGGGAUGACUUGUGGAGGCGCAAUCACGAUUCAAUCUCGGGUCUUCAGACACAUGCCUCAGACUUCGAUCCGCAUUCUCCUACUUCCAUAGCAUAUUCGCCGUUACCACGGCCGGCGUUGGAAACAUUCCUCACACAGCGUGGCUUACUGCCACGCAAGAAUGGCUUCUUCCAUGCCGGCUUUCUAAACAAGAUCUACCUCCGUUUGAACGACAUCGCAUUUCAAGGAUCUUCGACUGCGUUGAUACUACACCUGGGUGACAACAAGUCUGAGCUCGACAUGGCGGAAGCAGACCGGGAAACGCUCGCCGCACCUUCCAGCUUGGGUACAGGUGGUGGAACUGAUCACGAUGACGAAGAUUACUCCAGACCGAGGCCAACAUACCGUUGGGAGGGAAUCUUUAGUGAUACUCCACACCAUCACCGCCCAACCUUGCGAGCAAAACUAAUGGUGGCGUUGGGAAUCUCACCUCGGUGGCCAACUGCGGAAGUGUCCGCGGGCUUAUCCCUCGACGUGCGAUUGGACAAUGGCCGAUAUAUCCUGCUGCACCGCGGUAACGAAUCUGAUAGUGGAGCUUCGACCUAUACUACUACAGCUUCAAAAUUCAUAUGA